AAAAUCAAAGGUGGCUUUUGGCUUUUUCAUACACAGAAAAAUUCCCGACGCAGUAUCGGAAGCGAGAGGAAAAAUGGCGAGUGGCGGUGGCGGUGGCGGUGGUGGUGGCGGUGGCGGAAAAGUGUCGUUCAAAGUCACUCUUACGUCCGAUCCCAAAUUGCCGUUCAAGGUUUUUAGUGUGCCGGAGGCAGCUCCGUUCACCGCUGUUCUCAAAUAUGCGGCGGAGGAAUUCAAAGUCCCUCCUCAAACAAGUGCCAUCAUCACUAAUGAUGGUGUGGGAAUUAAUCCUCAACAAAGUGCAGGUAAUGUCUUUCUCAAACAUGGAUCUGAACUGCGCCUAAUUCCUCGGGAUAGGGUUGGUGCUUCGUGGCUCUCAUUCUGAAUGUUUAGCUCUAUAUUUCAUCUGCCUAGGACUGCAGGAAUAUUCUUUCGUGAAUGAUUAGCACAUUAUGUUUUGAUGUCGAUGUUGUAAUGCUAAGUAUAGUUUGAAUAUCAGAUUGAAAUGAAUAAUAUCUAUAAAGAGAAUGAAUAAUGGGUUUUGUUGA